AACAGACUUUGACAUAAUACAGAUGUUAUGACAUAACCAACAAAAAUAUAAUUAAUGUAUUUAUUUAAUAUUGUUUUUAAUUAAAAACUGUAACAAAACUCAUAAUGUCUGGAUACAAGUAUGGUGAUUUGAUAAAAUUGGGUACACAAUAUGCUAGACGCAUGAAUUAUCUCUCCAAUCGUAUAUUUGGUGAAGUCGCACGAGAAACGAACCCUAAAUCUAUGAAAGUGGUACGUAUGUACGCCGAAGAGCCCAUACACAAGCGUGACUAUGUGGUCAACUGGUAUCCUAGACAUGUAGAAACCCAUAUCCUGAUGAAAAAUCUACGUGCUUAUGGUCUCUUCCGCGAUGAACAUCAAGAUUUCAAAGAAGAAAUGAAACGAGUAAGAAAACUUCGGGGAAAAGCGGCACCUAAAAAGGGCGAAGGCAAACGUGCACAAAAGAAAUAAAGUUAAAAGUUUUAAUUACAUUAAAAUAAAUUUAUUUAAGAAAUAUAUUCA